AAAUAUAGAAUUGAUAAAAACAGAGGAAAUGAGUGCUCACGCCCAUAGAUCUAGUUGUUACAUAGUACUGGUGCUGCACCAUGCGGCCAAGUGCCAAAGAGCAUGAACGUUAGCAUGUACAAGAACCUAUGUAUUUAAGCUUAAUGUUCGGGAUCUGCGCUGUUUGGCUGUACAUUAGAAUAGACAAGAACCUAUUGAGUUGUACGUUACAAGAACUACUUAACCGCACGGUUCUACGGAAAAGUUCAUAUCUUCUUUUCCAUCCGAGAUGGACAAGUAUGAGAAUGACAAAAUCGCGCAGUAAUGAAAAUAAUUGUAGAUUGUCUAAGAAAGAGAAAUUAAUUGUUUGCUAUAUUUCUUUUAGAAAAGAAAAGAAAGCGUAUCCCAAACGAUAAUGAAUCAGUGGAAUGAUGUAAUAAUUAUAAUAUUUUUCACAUACGAUUUAACAUUAAUUCUUAGUACUUGAUAUGUCAAUUGUAGCGACAUAAAAAUUUAUUUUUCUCAGCCACGUAUUCUUUUUCCUCAGCACGUACGCUGGUGUUCGUUGAGACGAAUUCAAGGAUCUUUCAUAUUUGAUAAAAAUAAGAAUUAUGCUGGUAUCUGAAUAUUUUUAUAAUCAUGGAUAUAAUUAUAGGCUGAGAAUUUACUAUUAUCACGGCGCAUGCUUGAACGUCUGACGAUCAUCGAUCGAUCGUUAACGAGAAAAUUAGUGAUGUAAUAUAUCGUUCAUUUCUGUUGACUAAUUUCCCUCCCUUAUUAGGCCAUUGAGAUCAAUCUCCAGCCUACUUUCAUCCUUUUUGUAAUAGGAGGUGGAAUGGCGUUUUCCAUGCCCUGGGACGGAAUGCUUUCCUUGGAACUGUUGGAGAAAGGAGGAAUGCUCUUAGCUACUAUUCAACCUGGCUGACUAAUCGAACGAUUGAAUGUUGAAGAAAUUUAGAAUCGAGUCCAUCUCACGGAUCAGUAAUACAAUACGAUGUCAAUUCCACUUGCUGACUGUAGAUCAAGGUGACUUAUUGACAGUGGUGUUCUGUGAAGCAUACCGAUUGACCGUGGCAGUAGUUCGACCAUGACGAACCAUUCUACGGGAGUAUCAGAGAACUGCGAAUGUGUAACGCGAUCGUAAAUUAGGUUCAGUGCGAAACGCGCUCUCGAACUCGAAGGAUCCUUCGAGCUUCCUUUGAUCCCCCACCUCGGACGUCAACCGGACGAAAGACGGAAAGAGAGAGGCUUUCCUUGGCUACGAACAACGCAACAUCUCGUAGACGCUGUUUUGUCGUCGCUGCUGCUGACUCUAACGCGGGAAACAUCUCCAUCGGCUCCUUCCCCGAAGAGUCCCCUCGAUGAGCGACGAUCUUGGGGCUCGAGCGUCGAUCGUUUGGAUUACAGUCGCGGACCGGAUCUAACGGAUCUCGGACGACACUGAACGCAACAGAGGACUGGAAAGUCAACGGGAUGAUCAACAGGACGUGCUUGGCGGUCCUCAUUGGGCUGCUGGGUCUUGCUUGUGGCUUGCAAUGCCCGAAGCAAAAGCUAUCACCAGGCAGAGAAGUAGUAUGCUACACUUUCGUUUCCGACGUCGAUCAGCUAACAGAGGCUGUGUGCAAAUGCACCUCUUUGGUACAACAAGGCUACGACGUGCGAAAUCUCUCGGUUUCCGGAUUCGAAGAUUUUCAGAAGUCGUUGAAGAAGAUUAUUCCAACGCUUCAGUUCGUGGUUUCCGUGGACGACCCUGGAAAAACACUAAGCACUUCCGGCACAGUUCGUCAAGAGAUCACCGCUCGUUUGAUCGGAGUUUUGAAAGAGGUUGAUGGAGUCGAGUUAAAUAUGACUGCAGGAUCAAAGGAACGUUUGGUUCACUUUGUAAAGGGUUUGAAAGACGAAUUGGUGAGAAAAUCAUACGAUAAGAGAAUAUUCCUGGUUCUACCCACAAAAUCAGAGGAACUGGCUAAACAAUUCGAUCUGAAAGAACUGACCAAAUACGUGGAUCUGUUUACGGUCCCGACGCACUACUUGGUCGAAGAUGACGAGGCCAAUCACACUUUUCAUCCGUCAAGAUUGAUGGGUCUCUUCGACAUGUUUAACGCCGACAGUUUGAUCGACUUAAUCAGCGGUUUGGGCGCGCCUAAGAGAAAAAUUCUGGUAUCAGUACCAGCCUCUGCGUACAAGUUUACGCUAAAAGAUCAGAACGAUAAUGCCCCAAGGGCGUCAACUGAGGAGAUGCAACCUGUUACCAUUGAUCAGAAGCAGUUGUGCGAUUUGAUGAACAACGGAGAAUGGACGGUGGAAAGGGACGAAGAUCUUACUGCUCCUUACGCUUUCAAAGAUAAAAUGUGGAUUGCUUUCGAAGAUAGAAUAUCUCUAUCUAUAAAAGGAAAAUAUGUACUGCUUCGAGAUCUUCCUGGAUUGGCUGUGCAUAACGUAGAGAAUGACUUUAAAACUAAUUGCGGGAUGUCUCUUACACACGAGGUUCAUCGAUCGUUCUCGAAUUUCAAGCGGAAGUCGAGAGCCGCUGUUUUGAACGCUUUGGAAGAUGAUCUACACCAAAAAGAGCUUGAGUACUCGACUAAAGUUAAGUCAUCCGAUUUUCGAGUUGUUCGCGUAGUAGACACCGAAGGACACAUCAGAGUUGUUCGAGAAAACACGCAAACCGAAUUUACUUGUUCUAGACAAGGAUACUUUGUCCAUCCUAAAAGUUGUAACAGAUUCUAUCGAUGUGUUAAAUUCAACCAAGAAGUGGAAGAUUACUCCGUAUUCGAAUUCGACUGUCCAGCAGGUUUAUCAUUCGACGAGCGUACAGAAGUUUGUGUUUGGCCAGGCUCCAUGCCUGAGGGAUCGCCAUGUCCUGGAAGUAGCGAAAUUGCGCCAGUAACUCGAAUAAGGUUCGAAUGUCCUUCCAAAUCUGGCUACUAUGCAGAUCCCCAAAAUCCCCGUUGGUUCUUCGCCUGCAUCGACCUAGGAGGUCCUGAAAUAAUGGCUUACGAAUUUCGUUGCCCGUUCGGCCUGAUCUUUGACGAGCAAAAAUUAAUUUGCGAGUGGCCUUGGUUGGUAGCAGGCUACUCUGGUACCGGUUAUACAAGAUCAGAAUAUGACGGAGGGUAUUAUGGCACUGGAACUACUGCAGGUACUGGUGGAUACUAUACAGGAGCAUUACCUCAUGGUUACACGGGAACAUCAGGAGGAGGAGGGUAUACUGUUUCUACUGGGUCAGGAUUUUCUGGAGCAGCUGGCGUUGGUCAUGGAUCGUCGUUUGGACAAGGAACAAAAUAUACUGGAAGUGGGAAAGAAAAGGGAUACAGUGGAAGUGGACAAGGAGCAGGAUACACUGGAUCAGGUGUAGCUGGUCAUGGAACUUCAUAUGAUGGUCAAGGAGCUGAUGGUUACUCUGGAACAACUGGAAGUGGAUAUUCCGGAGCAACAGGAGCUGGUCAUGGAACCACAUAUAGUGGUCAAGGUUCUGGUGGUUACUCUGGAACAACUGGAAGUGGAUAUUCCGGAGCAGCAGGAGCUGGUCAUGGAACCACAUAUAGUGGUCAAGGUUCUGGUGGUUACUCUGGAACCACUGGAAGUGGAUACUCAACAGGAGGUGCUGGUUAUGGCACUAAAUAUACUGGCCAAGGAUUUGGUGGACAUUCUGGAACAACUGUAAGCGGAUAUUCUGGAACUGCAGGAGUUGGUCAUGGGUCUACAUAUAGCGGUCAAGGGUCUGGUAGACAUUCUGGAACAACUGGAGGCGAAUACGCUGGAGCAGCAGAAGCUGACCAUGGAACUCCAUAUACUGGACAAGGAUUUACGGGAACAACUGGAAGUGGGUACUCCAGCGCAGGAGCAACUAUAACAUCUGGUCAUGGAUAUUCCGGAACUGGCACGAGCUAUACUGGAUCGACUGGUAAGGCAGGUUAUGGAGGAUCAAUUGGCACAGGAUAUUCAAGAGGAACUGGUACAGGUCAAGUAUCUACUGGCACUGGAUUUACUGGUGCAGGAAUCAUUGAACAAACAGAAAAAAGUGGAACAACUGGUACAGGCUAUACUGGAUCUACGUAUUCUGCUGCUGGAUCUACUGAUGGAAGAUAUUCAGGAACAAAGGAAGGAUCUAUUAGUGGAGGGUAUCCAGGAACAAAGAGUGGGUCUAGUGGUGGAGGAUAUUCAGGCGCAACUGGAGGAACUACUGGAGGUUAUGCAGGGCCAGGCGGUAUUUAUGGUGGAUCUACUGGCGGAGGAUACGUGGGAUCUACUGCUGGCGGAUAUACAGGAGCAGGAACAACUGGUGCUCAUGCGGGAUCUACUGGAGGAUAUGCAGGGCCAGGUGGUAUUCAUGGUGGAUCUACUGGCGGAGGAUUCGCGGGAUCUACUGUUGGCGGAUAUACAGGAGCAGGAACAACUGGUGCUCAUGCGGGAUCUACUGGAGGAUAUGCAGGGCCAGGUGGUAUUCAUGGCGGAUCUACUGGCGGAGGAUACGUGGGAUCUACUGCUGGCGGAUAUACAGGAGCAGGAACAACUGGUGCUCAUGCGGGAUCUACUGGAGGAUAUGCAGGGCCAGGUGGUAUUCAUGGUGGAUCUACUGGCGGGGGAUUCGCGGGAUCUACUGCUGGCGGAUAUACAGGAGCAGGAAUAACUGGUGCUCAUGCGGGAUCUACUGGAGGAUAUACAGGAACUUCAGGAGGUUACGGUGGAACUUCAAUACCUGGUCAAACCAUUACAUUUGGUACUGGACAGUCACGAACACCAAUUUUUGUUUCUUCUGGCACAACUGGAGCUGGAGUAGAUCAUGGUGUAACCAGUAUAUAUUCACAGACUCCUGGGCCUAUUAUCGUGGAGAAACCUGAGAAACCAACCUGUCUCACGAACCUGUGUUAUGGGUCUUCUCAACCAUCAGGUGGUCAGACUCUGGUAACAGACGACUAUGUUUCAAGCCACGGAGCUACUUCUGGAACAAAUGUUUACCAAGGUACAACUGGAUUCCCUGGAAGCUUGAAUGUUACUUUUGGAAGCCACGUACCUUCCAUUGGAGGCGUUACGUAUCAUGGAGGCGUCACACCCGCUGGUGGCUAUACAGUGACAACAGGUACGGGUGCUAUCGUGACAGGACACGGUAUUCAAGGAUCGAUCAUCACUGGAGAUUCCACUCCAGGGACGCUCAUUACCCAUGGAGCUACCCCUGGCGCAAUCUUCACAGGUUCUUCUGACCAAGGCACCAUAAUAAGUGGAGGAAGCCAUCCAGGAUAUACGAAGACUGGUCUAAGUUCACCUGGCUAUGUAAUUAGUGGCGGAGUCAAGACCGUAUUCCCAGGUUCAGUCAGUUCUGGAACGACAGUUUACGGAACACCUUCACCUGGUGUCAUAGUAACUGGAACACCUUCACCUGGUGUCGUAGUAACUGGAACACCCUCACCUGGAACUAUUAUAAAGGGCCAAUCGAGUCCUGGAAUAAUUCUUACAGGACAAACAGCUCCUGGUGUGUCUAUUGGGGGAUCUAUUGUGCCAGGAACAGUCAUUGGUUCAGGUUUUUCAACGCAUCCAGGAGCUGUUACCCCAGGAUCUCCAUUUGGAACUAAGAUUGGAACCACACCAUCGACUUAUGUCACCGGCUACAAAACUAACGAAUACCAUGACAACGGAGGACGUGGUACCAUUAGAUUUAACAAUGGCGAUGUGACCACCAAAUAUACAGAAAAUGAUAUUCCAGACUAUAGACCAAUUGGCGGCAAUAUUUUGCCAGAUACUCUCAUUCCAGGAAGCAAAGGUAUUCCCGGUGUAUCGCUACCUAGUGGCUUCACUAAGACUGGACCUACCAAGACAGGCUUUACCACUGCUACUUUAGGUGCUGGUGGUAGUUACGUAAUUAGCACUGGAAAAACUAACCCCCCACCUAAUCCUGACCAUAUUGGCGCCAAAGCUUUCGAAGGCAACGUGGCAGGAUAUCCAAAAUCAUCUACCGAAAGCAGUGCCAAGACUUAUUCAGGAACAUUCUCAACUUAUGGUCCAGGCUUCAGUCAGAAACCUUCGAAGGGCACUGGAUAUUCCUAUCCCACACCUAGCAUUCCAUUUGAUACAGGAGUGACGAAGAAUUUGCCUAUUUCUUCGACAGAGAGUGGCAUCUUUAGUGGAACUACUCCAACGCCGUUCUUGAAGGUUGAAGUGCAUAAUACACCAAAAUUCGAUGAGGCCGGAUUCACCAGUUCACCCGCAGUUGUGAAUACGUAUCAGAAACCAAGUGGCUUUACGCGUGCACCAUCUCCAACUGGAACACCUGUGCUUUAUACCACUGGUCCAUUGGAAAAUUACAAGACGACUGUCUUUGAAGCGGCUAAAGUCCCAGUUACCAUCUCUACUAUUCACCCAGUGAUCGAUACCGGAUACCAGACUGUCAUAUCGUCGACGCCAUUGCCUGUAACUAUAAGUCAAGAUAAAUUUAGCAUUCAGACCAAACCUCAGUUUGGUUUUGGAACAAAGACUUCUCAACCUGGUAUAUUCGGAGAUCGAGGUUACGUUUCUAGCACGACACCAACGACUGUAUUUAAAAUAACAUCGAAGUAUCCUUCUGGAGAACCACAGUAUGAUUAUGGACCUACUACUCCAUCAUCUGGUUCUGGAUACUUUACAACUUCGAAGAACGUGUUUGAACAUGUGACACCGUCUGGAAUCUCAGAGUCACCGAAACCACAGACUCAGUACAUACCUGGCGAAUCUAUUUCGCCAGCCAUUGGAGUAACUUACAGAAAGCCAUUCCCAUUACCUGGUGUCACUUAUCAACAAGAAUUCACACCAGCAUCUGUCAAAUCGUACACCACUGCUCCAUCGGGCAUAGGAUCAGGUCCCGGCUACAAAGGAUCGCCUACGAACAUAGCAAUUCCCAGAGAUGAAGUCGGAAAGCUCGUUACCAAUUACAACAGAGGCACCACGAAAUAUGUUCCAAGCCAAUACGACGUUUACACAACAGGAUCCGCAGCAGGAGUCGAUUACUACCAGUCCCAGACGAAGUUCAAACAGGGUUAUGAUUCAUCGACACCAUCCUCGGUUCCUAGAACACAGUCACCUCUCACAGUAACGACUUACUCCGGAGGAUACUCGAAACCAUCUUCAGGUAUCACGUAUCAGACCACUGCGAAGUCUACAGCCGUAGGUAAACCUAAAGUGAUCGUGAAGUGGAGCGAUCUGCACCCUCUUCUCCUUGGAAAAUUAGGAGCAGAGUGUACCUGCAGAGGAGAUCCUUUCGCUAAUCUCAGAGGUCCUGGCUCCAAGUUGAUCAACUCGUCAAAGGGCAAAGUGGACUUGUCUAAUUAUGACGAGUCGGAGAUUUAUGUAGAUCUUGAGAAGGAAGGAUCCUACGAAGAUCAAGAUUACCAAGUGACCAACUACGAAUCGUCUUCGAAACAACCAGUUAAGAUCUAUAAUGAACUUUCGAAAGCUCUAGGAGCUACGAGCAUUCAAGUUCAAGAAAAGCCAUCGUCCACGUACUUACCAAGCGUUACUCCUUCCGUGGGAGUAGGAGGUCGCACUUCGGGCCUUUCAAGUCAUGGAUUAACUGCCAAUUUCAGAUCUGGAAAGAGUCUGAGCAACGUUGGAUCUCCUAUCAACUCGAUUGGAGGUGGUAAAGGUUUAGCUUCCACUGUGGAUCAUUCUGUCAUUGGUCCUAUCGAUGGUUCUGUCAAUAGUCCUACCGACGAUUCUAUCGAUGGUCCAAUCGAUCGUUCUGGAGAGUAUGAGGAUAGUGUAUCGGAAGAAAUCAUCGAUGGAGCUACCAAUUGCGCCAGACCAGGUCUGUUCAGACACCCUAACUUCUGCAACAAGUUCUAUGCCUGCCAUUGGGACGAGUGGAAGAAGAAGUUCACGCUUCACACAUUCAACUGCCCCGUCCAUUUAACCUUUGACAAUGGCGCGGGUGCUUGCAACUGGCCUAGUAUGGGCCCCGCUUGUCAAGACAAUAACUUGUUAGUUUAGAUGGUUCACUGUUGAUGGGGAGGUCUUAUGGAUCUCGCAUACCGCGGACUUCUCGUGACACCUUCCUUUUUGAAAAACUGGAGAUGGAAAUUUGAACGCAGAGAGUUCUUAUUAUAAAAGUUUCUGAAAGAAGAUAAUUCUAUGAAUUUUGUAAAAUUUUUUAUAUAAUCUUAGAUUAAUUUGCUAUGUUUGAAUUUUAUCGUUAUAUAUUUAUUAAUCUUCUGAUGUAAUUCUAGAUUUCUAUUACGUUUUAUACAACAACAAUUAUUUUAUAGAGCAUCGUAGAUUGCAAUUAUCAGUGUACACACUUUCAGCAUUAUUUGUAGAAUAUUAGUCACACUAAAGUAAUAACACGAAGUUUAAAAAUAUUAUUUUAAUGGUUGAACGUUCAAGUUAUGUGGCAAAGCAUACAGAGCAUGUGAGGUAACAUUUAAUUAUAACGUAGUAACGGUAUACGCUCAGUUUCUUUUUAAACUGAAAGACGUGAAACGAGCAUAAGAGAAUGCUUUUCCCGAGGUAACGAGAAUGGAGACAAGGAGGAAGAAAGAUCCAAGGCGAUCGAGGUGCCGCGAUGCGAAAGCACACUGUCCAGAGUGAAAGUCAAGCUGCACUCGCCGAUUCGAAUCGCGCGAAAGAAGUCGAUAAUGUGUGCGAUUCCAUGUCCAAGACGAAUUAUUGUAUAUAACGUGCCCUACUCUUCCAAAUUUGUAAAUAACGACGAAUUACCUUUAAAAAGAAGAAGAUAUGGAAAAAGUUUAAAAAGUUACAGAAAAGAAAUUUUGUUUAAAUAAGACGAAAGAAAAAUGUGAAAAUCAAACUAACGAAGCAAAAAAUUGGUUCGAAAAAAAUGACGAAGAGAUAUUUCCAAUCAAUUGAUAUUAUCGUUUCUGUUGAUCGUCGUUGACCUGUUGCUUUGAUCAAAAUUUUUUUCUUUUUUUAUAAUUGUGUCAUUGACGAUUUAUAUUUGUAUAUAUAUAUAUUUUAGAUAUCGAUAAUGCGAUUUGCAUAAUUGACGUAUCCCUUGAAUUCCUUCACUUUCUUUUCCGGAUUUUUCGUGCUUCCUGUUUAAUACAGGGAAGUUAAUUUUGAAUAUUCUUUGCGCACUGCUUAAGCUUGCCUUGAUUCUGUGUUCAUCUCGUUCCUAUCUCUAUUUACUAUUUUUCCGCUUCUUCCCGAUGCAAUUAUUAUUUAUUUGUCGCUUGUUACUAUUGUACUAGAAGUUAAGGGUAUAUUACGACAAAAAUCCUUGAACGAUCAACGAUCGUUUCUCUGCGUCGAUAAGAAUUUCUUUUUAUCAUCUGUCUUGCACACUUAAAUCGGAGCUUCGAUAAUCGUGCCAUUUUAUCGUGGUUGUCUAAUGUAAUAUUACGAACUUAGAAUAAAUAUGAUAAUUGUACAAAA